GUAAUGAUCAAUGAUGUAUAAUCAAAUGGAUUGUGUUAUGAUUGAUUUCAUCCAAAUUCUUUAUUCAUUCACAAUGACAAUGUGUAUUUCUUCUUCCCGCUUUUUUUCAAAGUUUUCUUUUUGUUGAUCGUAUUAUGUUUGUGUGUGUAUGUGUGUGUGUGUGUGUGUUGUUAAAAUUUUAAUCUUCCAUCAAUAGUGUUAAAUGUUAAAUGUUUUUGUUUUGCAUCUCAAUUUUUUUUUUGUCGUUCAUCUAUCCGAAAAAAAAGUGUUAAUGUAAGGUCAUUGAGCUGAUGACCAUCUAUCUUUUUUCACCACCUUUUUUGCAUCCAUUAUACAUCAUUACUGUGUGAAACCAACAACCACCGAAAACUAUUCAACAAUAAAAACAAUGAUGGCCAUCGAUCUAAAUCGAUGGCAUCAUACAACUUCUACAUCAUCAUUGGAUCGAUGUAGAAAAAAAUUCCGUUCAACCAUAUCAACAACGUUAUUCAUAUCAUCUUCAUCAUCAUCAUCAUCAUCAUCAUUUUACAUGAUCGCCUUGUCAUUCUAUCUGUUUACAAUCAUUUCAACACAAUUGUUUAUUAUACCAAUAGCGGCUGCCAUUGAAAAUAAUCAUCAUCAUCAGCAUAAUGUUCAUAAUAAUAAUGGCCAAACGGUUGGAUCAUUACCAAGACCACCAAGAAUUAAAGAACAUCCAAACAGUGCUGUUGUUAAAAAACAUGAACCGGUCACAUUAUCAUGUAAAGCAGAUGGUGAUCCUGAACCGGUUAUUGAUUGGUAUCGAGAUAAUGAAUUGGUGAAAAAAUCUUCAAAUCAUAUCUACCUAAAUAAUGGUGAUCUAUUCAUAUUAAAAGUAAUGAAUCAUCGUAAAGAACGAGAUACAGGCAUUUAUUAUUGUUUGGCACGUAAUAUACAUGGUAAAGCACGUAGCCAUAAUGCUAGUAUUGAGAUUGCAACAAUACGAGAUGAUUUUCGUACAUUACCGAAAAAUGUAUUCGCAACGGUUGGUGAAAUGGCCAUGAUGGAAUGUUCACCACCACGUGGUUAUCCUGAACCGACGGUUAAAUGGCGUAAAGAUGAUCAUUUAUUACCAAUGAAUGGUCGUUAUCGUUUAUCUGGUACAAAUCUUCAGAUUAAUAAUGUACAACCUGAAGAUAAUGGCCGUUAUCAAUGUAUUGCUCAGAAUAUGGCCGGCUCAAGAGAAUCACCACAAGCUCAACUUAAUGUUCGAGUGAAACCACAUUUCAUUAUAAAACCGGAAGAUAUGACAGCAUUAGCAAAUGAAAUUGCCGAAAUUCAUUGUAAAGUUGGUGGUGAUCCAGUUCCUAAUGUUAGUUGGCGUCGUGAAGGUGGUCAAAUAUCCUCGCAAAGAGCUUCGAUAACCGAAGAUAAUUCAUUGAGAAUCUUUAAUGUUACCGAAGAAGAUGAAGGCCUUUACAUUUGUCAAGCGGAAAAUCUCGUUGAUCGAAUAUCACAUUCAGCGACAUUAAUCGUACAUUCAAAACCAACAUUUUUAAUUGAACCAAAAGAUGUUCGUGUAACAAUGAAUUCAAUGGCUAGAUUUGAUUGUGUUGCUAAUGGUAAUCCGAGACCAUCAGUUUUCUGGAACAAAGAAGGAAAUCAAUUUCUAAUGUUUCCGGAUAAUAAAUAUGAACGUUUUAUGGUUACACCAGAAGGAUCGUUAAUCAUAUCGCCAGUAAAAAAAGAAGACAAAGGCUAUUAUGUAUGCUCAGCAUUAUCGGUUGUUAGUUCAGCACGAACAAAAGCUUAUCUAAAUAUCAGUUCUUCAGCUGAUUUACCGCCACCUAUUAUUGUACUUGGACCAGCCGAUCAAACAUUACCCGAACAUACGACAGCAAUAUUACCUUGUGAUGUAACCGGUGCACCACAACCAUCAUUGAAAUGGUUUUUUAAUAAUUCACCAGUUCCAGUGAAUACUGUUGCAAGAUUUAAUAUACUAGAUACUGGUACAUUACAGAUUGAUGAUUUACAAUUAUCAGAUUCUGGUGAAUAUAAAUGUCUUGCCUAUUCAGAGAAUGGUGAAGCAUCGUGGUCAGCUCGAUUAACGGUUGUAUCACCACAUAGUACGAAUACAAUGUUUCAUCGUAUGCCUGAUCCGGCAACAUUUCCAGAUGCACCAAGUCGUCCAAACAUAAUGAAUGUAACGGAAACUUCUGUAACAAUAUCAUGGAUACGUACCGGUCGUGAUGGUACAUCGCCCUUCAAAGGUGUAAUCAUUGAAUAUUUUAGUCCCGAUUAUCAUAAUGAAUGGAUUAAAGCAGCUAAAGGAAUAAUUUCGGAUCGUUUCACUAUAAACGGACUUAAAAGUGGAUCACGUUAUUAUUUUCUUGUUCGUUCAGAAAAUGGUCAUGGUAUUGGACCACCAAGUCCAAUUUCAUAUGAAGCACGAACAUUAGGACCGAUAGCUGCUGCUAAUGCUGCUGCUGCCAAUCAUAUGAUGGCAACACGAAUGUUGGAUAUGAAUGAUAUACGGAAAAAAUUAGAAAACACUAUAAUCGAAUUGAAAGAUGUACGAACAAUUAGUUCUUCAGCUGUAAAAUUAUUUUGGAAUGUACAUGGUGGCAGUAAUCAUGAUUAUAUUGAAGGUUUCUACAUCCGUUAUCGUAAGAUUGAUCCCAAUCAAGAAUAUAACAACAAUCACAAUGGUGGUGGUGAUUUACGUGAAAAUUAUUCGGAAAAUAAAUAUCAAAUGCAUACAAUUUAUAAUGGUGGUGCAACAACAUACAUAAUCAAUAAUCUACCUAAAUAUACAGCAUUUGAAUUUUUCCUUGUUCCGUUUUAUAAAUCAAUUGAUGGAAGACCAAGUAAUAGUCGUAUUGUACGUACAUUGGAAGGUGUUCCAUCGGCAUCACCAACAAUGAUUAAAGCACGACCAAUUAGUUCGGAUUCAGCAUUGAUUACAUGGCAACCACCACCAAUGGAAGAAAUGAAUGGCCUUUUAUUAGGUUAUAUAAUAUUUGUACAUGGAGCAUAUACGGCAUAUAAUAUUAAUCUAACUGUCAAUGCUAACACAACAUCAUAUCUAUUGAGAAAUCUUACAUCGGAAACAGAAUAUGUUAUACAGAUCACUGCAUUCACUAGUGUAGGUGUUGGUGUACCAUCAGCACCAUUAACAUUCAUCAUGGAUCCAUUAAUGAUGUCAAAUGACGAUGUAAUCUAUAUGAAUGAACAUAAUCAAACCGGAAUAUUGGAUUCAUCGAAUGUUUGGAUAUGUGUCCUGAUUAUAUCGUUGAUUAUCCUUAGCCUAAUCGUAUUAUUAUUAGGAUUUUUACUAUUUAAAAAACGUUCGGCAAUCAUACGAAAGAAUAAUGAAAAUUCAAUGAUUAAUCGUGAAUUAAAAUCCACACAACCCAAUGAUUUAUUCUGUUCACGACCAUUCGAUUUUCCAAAAGGAUGGCAACAAAAUGAUAAUAUUACCAAACAACAACAACAGCAACAACAUUCAUUAGGAACAAUGAUAAAAUUAUCACCAACAUUAAUAACAACCGAUAAUAAUGGUUAUUCAACGGUGACAACCGAUGAUCAAGCAGCUGAUUAUGCUGAUUAUGAUUAUGUAUCACAACAAGGUGAAAAUAAUUAUGAAUCAACUACCUAUGAACCAUAUCCAUCAACAGCGACAACAAUAACAGCACGUGACAAUGAUGAUGGUCCGAUUGCAUAUGCUAGUUCAAGUAUUGUAAUCAAUAAUAAUAAUAAUAAUAAUACGUUGAACAACAAUUCAUAUCGAUUGAAUAAUAGCCAGACAAAUAAUAAUAACAGCAAUAAUCAUCAACCAAUGCAAUGGCGUACACAAUUGUUAAAUGUUAAUAAGAAUGAUAAUCAUAUGAAACCAUUAAAUUUUACGGCAACAUUAGAUCGUGGAACAUUGAUGCUUAACAGCAAUAAUAAUAAUAGUAAUUCAUCAUCAGUUAUUGAUAAUCGUUAUGGUAAAAAGAAUCUAUUUAUCAACGAUAUUAUUAAUGGUAUCGGUAGUGGUGGUAAAAAUAUCAAUGUAACUGAACCAUUAAUUAGUAGUGGCCAUCAUCUUAAUCAUCAUCAUAAUCAUAUGGAUUAUGGUGAUAAUGAUAUUAAUCAUUAUCAUUAUGCUGAUUCAGCUGCAUAUUGUUCAUCAGGUGUUAAUAUUGGUGCUGAUGCGGCGGGUAUUGCCACCACUGGAAAUGUAACACAAAUUCCAUCAUCAAAAUUAAUGGCAAAUCAAGUUAAAUAUGGUUCAUUAUCAAGAAUUAAUAAACAACAACAGCAGCAACUGCAACAACAGUCUCAUUAUCAUUUUGAUAAUAUUAAAAAUGGUUCGAAUAAUAAUUUCUUACAAAAUGAUAAUAAUAAUCUAAAGACAAAACCAUCAUCAUCAUUUGCGUUAACAUCAACAAAUGAUAAUAAUACGAUACAAUCACCUAAGACACCAUUGAAAAAUCAAUUUGAAUUCGAUAUCAAAGCAUUUAGUAAAAAUCGUACACAUCUUAUACAGAAUCCAUUGUUGACAAAUAAUCAACAACAACCAAUGGGAGUGAUGAUGAUGAUGAAUCCGAAUACUCAAUAUGAAAGCCGUACAAUUAAACAACAGCAAACAUCAUUGAAUGAUAUGAACCACGCUGGCAGUAUAUAUCUAUCACGAAGAGCUGAUUCGAAAAACAUAAUAGAUAUCUGUGAUAGUGAAUCUACCUAUCAAGAAUUGUCUUGAAACACAUAUACACAUGAAAUAAUAACCCAUUUUCUCGAUCACAUUCUCUUUCUCUGUUUGUAAUAUUUUUUUUUGUUUUUUCUUCUUUUUUUUUGUUAAAUGAAUUUUUCUCUUUCUUUUUUGCUAGUUAUUGUCUAUGUCACAAUUCAAUUGAUCUGAACCAAACAUACAAAAACACAUUAAAUGUACGUACAGUUGUCACAACAAA